AUGAUGGACGAUUCAGGCGAUCAGAGGUUCCGUAAGUACCACCAUUACCAUAAUUUCUACAACGUCCCUUCGCAGAGCCUCUACAACCUCCCCACGUUGCCAGAAUUCCUCUUCCAAGAAGAAGCCGCGCGCCAACGGCGGAGCUGGAGCGAGAAUCUCACCUACUACACCGGCGCGGGGUGCCUCGGCGGUGCGAUCGUCGACGGCGCGAAGGGGACGCCCGAUGGGUUCAAGGCGGCCGCGGCCAGCGACAGCAUGAAGGUGCGGGUGAACAGGGUUUUGAACUCCGGCGGGCACAGUGGUCGGCGGUUGGGCAACACCAUAGGAGUUUUGGGUCUGAUGUUUAGCGCGAUCGAGAGCAUCUUGGUUGCGUUGAGGGAUGAGGAUGAUUUGGUUAACACCGUGGUUGCUGGGCUUGGAACUGGGGCGAUUGGCAGUGGCCGAGGCCCGUUCAAUAGUCAGGGCUCAGGGCGGGAUUUACUCCCCGGGGAUAGAAAGAGAAAUGAUUUUUUUGCCAAAUAUACCCCUCCGAGAAACGCUCCGGAGGCAGCAAAUUCAAAAUGGGGCUUCAGUUUUAGGCUACGGCGUAUUAUAAUUAGAGUAGAGAUAGAUAGAUAG